AUGGUGCACACCAACGUCGUUAUCAUCGGCUCCGGCCCCGCCGCCCACACCGCGGCCAUCUACCUUUCCCGCGCUGAACUCAAGCCCGUCCUCUAUGAGGGUAUGCUGGCUAACGGCACCGCCGCUGGCGGUCAGCUCACCACCACCACCGACAUCGAGAACUUCCCCGGUUUCCCGGACGGCAUUGGCGGUGGAGAGCUGAUGGAGAACAUGCGCAAGCAGUCUGUUCGCUUCGGCACGGAGGUUAUCACUGAGACCAUCACCAAGGUCGACUUUUCCCAGAGACCCUUCAAGCUGUGGACGGAAUGGAGUGACGGUCCCACCGACGAGCCCGCUCACACUGCUGACGCCGUCAUCAUCGCCACCGGCGCCAACGCUCGUCGCCUCAACCUUCCCGGUGAGGAGAAGUACUGGCAGAACGGUAUCAGCGCCUGCGCUGUCUGCGACGGUGCCGUGCCCAUCUUCCGCAACAAGCCCCUCUUCGUCAUCGGUGGUGGUGACUCCGCCGCCGAGGAGGCUAUGUUCCUGGCCAAGUACGGCAGCAGCGUCACUGUCCUUGUCCGUCGCGACAAGCUCCGUGCCAGCAAGGCCAUGGCCAACCGUCUUCUGUCCCACCCUAAGGUCACCGUCCGCUUCAACUCCGUCGCUACUGAGGUGCUCGGUGAGGAGAAGCCCAACGGCCUGAUGACCCACCUCAAGGUCAAGAACGUCGUUUCCGGCGAGGAGGAGGUUGUUGACGCCAACGGUCUCUUCUACGCUGUUGGCCACGACCCCGCCACCACCCUGGUCAAGGGUCAGAUCAAGCUCGAUGAGGACGGAUACAUCGUUACCCAGCCCGGUACCAGCUACACCAGUGUCGAGGGUGUUUUCGCUUGCGGUGAUGUCCAGGACAAGCGCUACCGCCAGGCCAUCACCAGUGCCGGAUCCGGCUGCAUUGCCGCUCUCGAGGCCGAGAAGUACAUCGCCGAGCGCGAGUCCGGCGAGGAGCCCGCCACCUCCACCGAGAAGGCCGCUAUCAAGCCUGCCACCCAGGAAGUCAACGGUGAAGUCAAGCAGGACGCCCAGGGUGCCGCCGCCGAGUACAAGUCCAACCCUCUGCUUUAA